AUGGCCGGCGAGCAGAGGCAGCCCGGGUCGCCAGACCUGUCGCCGCGGACCCGGCGGCACCGCCGCAAGGAGCGCAUCCUGCAGUGCCUGACCAGGCUGGGCGAGCGCGACACGCAGCGCCCGGCCUACGAGGAGCUCAUGGGCAUCAUCCACGAGCUGGACCUUGACGGCCUGUCCACGCUGGUGUCGAGCGUCUGCCAAGGCAAGGAGCAGAGGCCCUUCGCGCGGAAGGAGUGCAUCAAGCUGUUCUGCUCGCUGUGUGAUGAGGAGUGCCCAGUGCGCUCCGCCGCGCUGCAGCACCCGCACCUCACGAGGAUUGUGAAGCACCUGCGGGCAUCCUUCCAGGAUCCUGAUAUUGGUGUUCAAGAGACAGCAGCCGAUGUACUUGGAUAUUUGGCGGCCAACAUCGCAGACUUCUCUGGUGGACUCCUCACAGGGGACAGCACCAAUGUGAUUGUGCGAAACAUAUUUGAGGCGCUGCAGGACCCGAAGAAGGAUGCACAACUCUCCGCCAGCACGGCUCUGCUGAGGGUUGCACCUUCUGUAGGACCCAUGUCAAAAGACUAUGUGAAGGAACUGCUCAGAUGUUUCAAGAGCAAUGGCUUCCAUGCCAAAUCUGUGCUGGUGUCGGCCUUGGCUGGAUGGGAUUAUGAAUCUGGUUUCCCAAGAGGCUUAUUCAAGAACAGUACGCCUUCCUUCAAACCAUACAUGAACCAUAUCAUGGGGAACCCUGCCUCUGCUUCGACAUCUGGCAAUGGGCUGCUGUCAUUCCUGUCCAGCAAGGAGUGGACGUUGAGGAAGGCGUGUGCAGAUGCCCUCAGGGCGGUGGUGGUGGUGCUUGGCCCAGAGGUGGAUGAGCAGAGGGGUGGCAUGGAGGGCCAGAAGCUGAGCCACAGAAUACGAAAGGCUCUGAACCAGUACAGGUUUGACAAGGUUAAGCCAGCGAGGGACUCCAUCUUAGAGGCGCUGCAAGCUGUGCACAUUUUGCAGAAGUACCAGACCCCUGAUCAGAGUGAAGAAUGGCUGGAUUUCUACUUGGAAGAGGCCGCAAAGGCCCCCACAGCGGGUAAGUGUAUUCGGUAUAUUGGGUCAGACGACAAUGAGGCAGAGAUCACGCCCCUGCAGAAAGCCAAAAAGGGCAAGGCACUGAGCGCACUGAGGGCCAACUCAGCUGGCUUGAGGGCAACAAGGCGACUUUGCCCGACCUCGAAUGGACGCCAUGGUUUCUUGAGGAGGGGCACCAGCAAUGGCGCUGUAGUUCCUCUUUGUGAGCUUGCAGGCAGUCAAGGGAACAUUGCUUUUGAUGGUGGCGUGCUGUCGGUGCACAGCAUGAGUGAGAAUCCACGCAGACUGGAGUGGGACAUCUUGGGACCAAGGAAAGUGGAGCCAGCAGUGAUGGGUGUUGUGGCGUCCCAGAACGGUCGAAUGAGCCCGGGUUUUGGCCGACAGAGUGCAAUGGACCCAAACUCAGCCCUGUAUGAAACCUUCAAGAAGGCAGGCGCUGAGGAGGACGUUGUUGCGACGCCCCAAAACUCACCGCCCCAGAUGGACACGCCCGAGCCUGAGUCACCGUCGCCUCGCUCCGAUGCGAUCGUGGAUGAGGACGCAGUGGAGCUAGGGUCGGCCAAUGGCGAUAUGAAUGGGGAGGAGCAGGGCUGCAUGCCUGAGUGCCAAGAUGAUGUGCAGGAUCGAACGGAAUGGGCAGCAGACAGCCAGAUGUCCAUAGUGGCCGAUCGCCUGGAAGUUAUGGAGCGACAGCAGAGCCGUCUAUUUGAGAUGGUGUCCAGCCUGAGCAACAAGAUCGACACUUCCGUCAUUGGUUUGCAGAGCGAGGUGACGUAUCUUCAACAGAUGGUCGCGGAUUUUCAAGACCACAUGAAUGCCAUGGGGGAGGGUAUCAGACGUGCCAUCACACCAGAAUUGGGAAAUGGGCGAGCACCGUCCACGUCUCCGUCACCACCACAGAGGCCCCAAGAAGCUGCUGCACCGCAGGCCACUGCCAAUAAUGUGAGGUCCAACUGCUCAACGCCAAGCAUGCAGAACCUGGACGCUGCCUACACAGAGGCCAUGGCGUCCCCCAACAACGACCUCAUGCUGCUGAGGCUGCUGCAACGCACGGGGCCCAUCCUGCCAGAGCUUGCUCCCAGCACAUUUAACCAGCUGCUGCGGUCGUUCCACCUGCUGUUGUCGGAGGGCACCGCCAUCGCACGCAUAUUGCCCUGGCUGUGGCAGCUGGCGGAGCCAGAGAAUGCAGCUUGUGCCCAGCAGGUGCCGGAGGAACUGAAGGAGAAGCUGAUCGAGGUGAUAGGCGUGCUUGCGCUGGAGGCCACAGACCAUCAGACCACCGAGCAGCUGAAAGCUCUGGAGUCGCGCCUCCUGUCCUGCUGGAACCAGGGCAACCCCAUGGCCUACGGCGCCGCAGCCAGUCUGCAGGUGGCGUCGAUGAACGGCGGCGGCCUGCCACCUCUGAAGAAUCGUCCGCCCGUGCCCCCGCACACGGCACCGAACGCCCAGAGCAGGCAGUCCUGGCUGCAGUCCUCGGCAGAGGGGCUGGACGCCCUCAAGGCACAAUUCAGUGGCAUGGAUGCCAGGCAGGCGCAAAGGUGA